AGCCCGUGGUGGCUGAGAGCGCAACCACGGUAACGGCUCUAGCGGGCGCCGCCAAUACGAGCAAAGAUCCUUUCUCUCCGCAUCUCUGUCCACCAUCUUCAUCCGAUUAGGUUUGUCAGAUCUCACCCAAGUUCUCCCUCUUCCUCCGUCUUUUCCCUUUCUUUUCUUUAUCGAAUAAAAUGAGCAGUAUGGGAGGAAACCCCACAGCUUCUCCUCCUGGAUCCGAUUCCUUCCUCGAUGAUGAGUUCCCCAAGGUUGCCGCCAUGGGACCUUGUACAAGCCCCAGCUGGUCCGACCUCCCGAUUGAUGUCCUCCUUAGCAUCCUGCAACGCCUUGAGCUUCCCCAAGCACUUGCCUUUGCAUCAGUCUGCACGACGUGGCGGUCCGCCGCCACGGCCAACGGCAUCCCACGUUCCAGCACGCCAUUGCUCAUGUCUUGGGCGGACCUUGUGGAGGAAAGGAAGGAGGCGCACGGUGGACGCACCUCACCCGUGACCUGCAACUUCUACCACCUCCUCGAUGUCGACAAGGCUUACAGCGUCAGUUUUCCACAGGGUUGCUUUGUUGCAUGCUGCGGAGCCUCUCACGGAUGGCUGGUUUUGGUGAACGAACUGUCCAAUCUCGUGCUCUACAACCCCUUCACCACGGCUAUGAUCCCUCUCCCGCCGAUAACCGAUUUCGCGUGUGUGAAGGCUGUCUACGGCAGCGGAGGUAAAUUGGAUCAUUACCUUUUUGAAAGAGAUAGAGUCCAUGGAACAAAUUCUCUAGGAACAUGGUUCUACCAGAAGGCGGUGUUGUCUUGCUGUCCAUCCAAAGGUGGUGACUAUGUCGUGAUGAUCAUCCAUCGUGAUAGCGAUUGGCUUUCUUUUGUUAAGGCAGGGCAGAACAAGUGGCAAGUGGCUUCAACUUUGCCCGUAAGCGGGAGGGACAGAUACGCUGACUGCACAUACCAUGAUGGGAGGUUCUUCGCUGUGACAUUCCAUGGCAUGGUGGAGAAAUGGGAUCUUGAUGAACUGAAUGGACCAACAAGAGAGAUUGUUGUUGCUGCAAGGCGCCCUGGACGUAUCCUUACUAGACAUCUGGUGUCGACGGCGUGGGGUGAUCUCUUGCAUGUUGGUGCAAUUUUUGCCCCUGAAUACCCGGAUGGUGUGAAAUUCCAAAUUCGCAAAGUUGAUUCGGUUGGAUGCAAGAAGGUUUUACAGACGGAUUUGAUGGAUCAUGCUAUGUUCCUUGGACUGAAUCACUCGGCAUGUUUACCAACCAAGAGUUUCCCCGGGCUACAACCUCACUGUAUCUAUUUCUCUGCUCCCUGGAUGACGGAGACAUUUGAUUGGCUUUGUCGAGUAAGCCAUGGUUGGGGAGGCGUAAGGACGUAUGACCUGAAAAGUAGAAAGUUCGAGCGUGCAUUUCCCUUUUGUGAUCAGAAAGGAUUGAUCAGCCCUUGCGAGGUCUGGAUCACGCCGAAUUUGUGACAAUCGGGUUCUUAGAAGCUUGUCAGUAUGAAUUGCAAUGUACUCGCCGUAUGGAUCACGCAGAAGAUCCUUUUUAACCUGUACUUAUUUGUCAUAAUCAAAUAGUAUUCUUA